UAAUAAUCACGUUCAAUCAAAACGAACGGAUCAAAACAUUCGUUUUCAUUUGUGUCGCGGCGGUGGUUAUUUGUAUUUACGCCAAAUACACCAUAAAAAUGUGUUAAACUACUUUAAUACAUAAGUCUAUCACUUAAAUAAGUAAGUUUAUAAACCAACAAUGGAGAGAGUAAACUGCAGUUUACUCGUAAUAUCACUUUGUGUGUUAUUGUGGGGUGUGGCCGGCCAGUAUGAAUGGCAAAUUCGAGAUGCUUUUGAUGAAAUCCGAGGUAAAGUUGAUAAAGUAACAGCAGACAACUGCUUCAUUACGCAUCUCGAUGACUUAUACUUACCAGAAGACUCGGUGUCCCACCAUCCCGAUGUAAAAGAAAUCAACAUAAACCCAGUGUUCCCGAAUCGUACGGCGAUGUUGCAUUUACACAACAUGGCUAUGAACAGAGCGUUCUUCUGGAGUUACAUUCUCCAAUCACGGUUCAUCAGACCUGCCAUCAACGAUACCUAUGAUCCGGGCAUGAUGUAUUACUUCCUAUCGUCUGUAGCUGAUGUAUCAUCAAAUCCGUACAUAAACGCGAGUUCGUUAUAUUUCUCGCCGAACAUGUCUUACACAUCAUCGUACAGAGGAUUCUUCAAUAAGACUAUGCCUAGAUUCGCGCCAAGAGCCUUUAGAGCUGAUGACUUCAAUGACCCUGUACAUUUACAAAAGAUUUCUACUUUAAAUACAUUCCAUGUGGAAGAUUUAGGUGCCUUUGAUCCAGAGAGCUUGUCUAAGGAUUAUACGUCAGAGUUUUAUAGAAUCAAUGAAUGGUACAAGAAGUGGUUACCUGAUAGAGUUGACAAGAGACAUGACACAAAGACCACAUACCAAGUGGAGAUCAGAUACGCAAACAAUACUAAUGAGACAUUUACAUUCCACGGGCCACCUGGUAAUGAUGAGAACCCUGGUCCAGUAAAUUGGACGCGUCCAUACUUCGACUGUGGAAGACUCAACAAAUGGCUCGUGGCCGCGGUUUCACCUGUCGCUGAUAUAUUCCCGCGGCACACACAAUUCAGACAUAUUGAAUAUCCCACGUAUACAGCAGCUGUUGUAAUGGAGUUUGACUACGACAGAAUAGAUAUAAAUCAAUGUCCUCCGAGUUUAGGUAACGACAGACCGAAUAGAUUUGCGUCAACAGCGCGCUGUAAGGAAACUACUGAGUGCGAGCCCCUCCACGGUUGGGGUUUCCGUCGCGGCGGCUACCAGUGUCGCUGCGCGCCCGGGUACCGGCUCCCCAGCAUCGUACGAAGACCCUAUCUCGGAGAAAUCAUAGAGAGAGCUACUUCUGACCAGUAUUACAACAAUUUUGAUUGCAAGAAGAUUGGUUGGAUCCAGCGGCUGCCGGUGCAGUGGGAGCGCGCGCCCGCGUUCCUGCGCGCGCUGUACGUGGACCGGCACUACGAGUACGUGAACGCGAGCAGCGGCCCGGCCGCGCUGCACACCGAGCGCCUGAACGUCUACGAGGUGCUCAACUUCAUCAGGGGCGUGCAGCCCAACAACUGCUCCUUGUACACUCCGACGGAUUUGAUCCUCAAUGGCGAUAUUUCUUUUGGUCACGAGGAACAGUUUGAGAAUCAAGCUAAGAUGGCCCUUCGUCUAGCUAACUUCAUCAGUGCAUUUUUACAAGUAUCAGAUCCUAAAGAAGUGUUCAGUGGUAACAGGGUAGCUGACAAGCCUUUGACUGAAGAUCAGAUGAUAGGAGAGACUUUAUCUAUAGUGCUGGGCGACUCCAAGAUAUGGUCUGCUGGUACAUACUGGGAUAGAAACAAGUUCACGAACAGGACAUUCUUUGCACCAUUUGCCUACAAGACUGAAUUGAACACUAGGAAGUUUAAACUGGAAGAUCUUGCUCGAUUGAAUAAGACUGAGGAUGUAUACACCAACAAACCGUGGUUCCAAUUCUUAAAACAACGUUGGUCGACAAACUUCGACAGCUUAGAACAGUUCUUUUUAAAAAUGAAGAUUCGUGACGACGAGCUCGGCAAGUACUUGAAGAAGUACGAGAGGUUCCCGACGUACUACCGAGCGGCCAACCUCAAGCACGGCCACUGGACGCGGCCCUACUUCGACUGCGACGGACAUCUCAAGCAGUGGGUCGUGACAUACGCUGCGCCUUUCUUCGGGUGGGACAGCGUUAAGGUCAAAUUGGAGUUUAAGGGCGUGGUAGCAGUAACGAUGUCGCUGAUGUCUUUGGACAUCAACCAAUGCCCCGACAAGUAUUACGUACCCAACGCAUUCAAGGGAACCGACAAGUGUGAUAGAAGUUCUUCUUAUUGUGUACCAAUAUCGGGUCGUGGUUUCGAGGCGGGCGGCUACAAAUGCGAAUGCCUACAAGGCUACGAGUACCCCUUCGAAGACCCCAUCACAUACUACGACGGGCAGAUCGUAGAGGCAGAGUUCCAGAACAUUAUAGCGGAUAAGGAAACGCGUAUCGAUAUGUUUAAGUGCAGGCUCGCGGGCGCGGCUUCCAUACAAAGCAGUUUAGUCAUCUUGGUCACUGUUCUAUUCCUGGUUUUUAAGUUGAGGUAAUUAUAACAUUGAUAGAUACUUGAUACUUAAUGGCGAAGAUUUCGUAUAGAGAUUUUAUUGCAUAUCAUUAACAGUUUUUUUGAUGAUAGGCAUACAGCUGGUAAAAAAGUUAAGUUUACUGAUAAGAAUACAAGGUAAUUGGAAUUGGAGUGUAUAGUAACAUUAUACUGUUAAAUGCCAUUCCCGGAGCCUGACCGUUUAUCAGGGUCGGUUCAAAUUCUGUCUAAAAUAUACAAAGACAUCAAUAUUCAAAAGACAUAUUUGAUAUACCUUUAAGUCUUUGUUUGAAUAACAUAAAAAUAGCAGCUCACUUUGACUAACUCAUGUAUUAUCUUUUGUUUUUUGUAUUGUAUGUAAUUUAUGUAUGUCUGAAGUAGUUGGUAUUAAAUAUUAUCUGAGUAAUAGGAUGUGAUUUUCAAAAGAUGAACAAGUAGCUUUUUAUAUCAUCUGUAUAAUUAUUUGUAUGUAUUUAUAGAUGAAAAUGGCAAUAAUUUAAGUUGCCGAUUAAAAAAAAAUCUUAAAAUACUUGUGAUAAUUUAGUUACAAUGCGAUCUGUAAAUCAGCUUCUUUGGGGUUCAGGAGCAACAAAAAUACCUUAAAUUAGUCUUUUUGAUAAAUUAAAGGUAUAUUACGCGUAUACAAUGUAUAGUGCCCAUUUUGAAUCACGCCUUAUAAACUUGGUUUCAAAUCAAUUGAGAAACGUACCAAUCAAACUCUUCUAUAUAAACGGUAUGGUUACAUUUGGUACGUCUUAUGUUAAUGUAAUGUUGUACAAUACUGUAUCAACGCAAUGGCAGGCCAUUGCUAGCUGCCUGUACUUGGCCUUUGGCAACUCUCAUGAUAUUAUACUUGAAUCUCCUUUUUAUUGCAUUUAGCAUUUUAUAUCUCUUCAAAUGUACCUUUAAAGUGUACUUUUGUAUACUGCAGUUGGCAGCAUAUUUUGAUAUUAUUUUAUAGUUUAUUAUAAGGAUAAAGUCUAAGUUUUAAGAGUAUGUAUACACUACAGGUUUGUUUUCGUUUUCAACUCCAAAAUUAUUUACUUUAUAAAGAACUUUUGAAUUAUAUUAUGUUCAAGUCAUACUUACAUCUUGUAACUUUUUUUUUAUCAUCGUUUAUGCAUUUUUUUGCAUUUCUACUAUUAUAUAGAUCUUAUUAUACGUUUUGUAUGUUUGUGUAUAAUUUUGGUGUACACUUACGUUUUACUUAAUUUUACACCAUAGUUACAGAAAGCCGUCCAUUUUAGACUGACUUAUACUUAUAUAUUGCAGUAUUUUUACGAUAAAUCAACUGUAAGAAUAAUUUUAGUUAAGCAUGAUGUAUUUCGAUUUGUCCAGUGCAGUCGAUUGAUAAUUUUACGAUUGCGUGGAUUUUACUAAACGUUUGUAUUUUAUAUUUGAUCUUUGGUCAUGAAUAUUGUAUAAAGUAAUUACUGCAAUGGGCAUAUCUUGUACAUCAUAAAUCAUUUAGUUCAUAGUGUCGAAACGAAUGAGUCGAAUGAACCGUUCAAUUCAACAUAACUAUGUACGUCAUCCUGUAUAAGACAUUAAAGUAUUGUAGUGAAAUAGCAAUAGAUUGCACAAGUUACUUUAUUACUAAAAAAAUGUACAUGUCAAUUAUAUUUAGAGAUCUAUAUUAAAUCUAAUACAAUAUAUUGUCUGUAAAGAUUUCGUAAACUUAACGGUAGUCACUUCGCACAUUCCUGAAUACAACCAGAUAUUCUGCGGUCAUCGUAUUCAGAGACAUGAGCGAAGACAACAAACUAAAAGCACUGUUAUAUUAGAAAAAAUCUAUAAAAAAAUAAUCGUAUCUACAUUAAAAUAAUCAUAGAGUAUUAUAUUGUUCACGCAGUACAUACAAUAGUGUGUAUAUUUAUAUUUUAAAUAUUGAGAUACUUGAGAUACAAAACAGAAAAAAUUGAGAUACUGCUCCGAAAAUAAACGUUUUCUGGUUUAAUAUGAGCUAGGGUUUAAAUCCGGAGAAGAAAAAUUUGUAACGUAAUAUAGCGUAGAGCGAGGGCAAGCAAUAUAACGGCACUAUUAGUUUGUUUUCAUUGAAAAAUUGUGUGAAGUGUUCCUGCUGUAAUAUACCGUCCAUAAUAGUGCCUUUUUGUAAUGUUUGUAAUUAAAUCUUCUUUUAAAUA